AUGGCUUCUAAUUCAAACUGUGGUGCUCUUACAACACGCAGCAUGACUAACAUAUGGCUGAUUGGACAGUUACAAAGUGAACUUCCAGUAAAUGUAUUGCCUACAACAGAUAAGGUCAUGGACAUGUGGAACAAGGCUAGAAUACCAACAACCUACCAUACUCAUGUUGUAGAAAAAGUAAAUGAAGCACAACGAGCACGAGAGAAGGAAUUUGAAGAAAAGGAGCACAUGCUGUUUGAUAUUGCUCACCAACACGCCAUGCAGCUCAUCCGAAUUCAGGAAGAUAUAGAAUUUCUUGAAGACCAGAGGGGCAGUCGACGAAUGCAAAUGAGUGGCAUUGAUAAAGACCUGACCAAGAAAGAAGAGCGCACAGAACAACGUAAAUGCAAAAAAGAAGAGAGAAAAGAGCGAGAGCAGGAGCGGAUGACAGAAAGUACCUCACUACAUUUAUCUAGUUCUGAUGACAGUGAUAGUGAACAGCAGGACACAGAGGACAACUAUGAAAUUGAAAUUCCAGUGUACUACAAAAAGCAGAUCAGUGAAGAUCGUGACAGAAACCCCCUUCUGGUUCACUGGGAUGGGAAGAUCAUGAAUGAUGAUCCACACUCCAGAACUGAUAGACUGGCUGUUGUUGUGACUGGCUGUAAUGUGGAGAAAAUCUUAGGAAUUGUUAAAAUUGCAUCAAGCACGGGACAAGCACAGGCCAAUGCAACUUUUCAGUUGCUCAAAUUAUGGGACGUUAGUGAAGACAUUAUAGGCAUGUGCUUUGAUACUACUGCUGCCAAUACUGGGACGUCAAGUGGAGCAUGUGUUUUGCUGGAGAAACUGCUCCAUAGAAAUCUCUUGCACUUUGCUUGUCGUCAUCAUGUACAUGAAUUGAUAAUCGGUGAAGUUUUCACAGUUCUGUUUGGUCCAAGCCGUGGCCCCAACAUUGGAAUGUUUGAAAGAUUUCGAGCCUACUGGCCAAAUAUAAAUCAGUCAAACCACAAGCCACUUGAUGAUGACAGGAUGAACUACUCAUUGCUACAGAUGAUGCGGUCUGACAUAGAUUACAAGGAGUUGGUUGAACUCUGUCUCUUAGUGCUGGGUUAUCCAAUGCAGACUGAUGGCAAGUACCAUUUCCGUGUUCCUGGAGCAUAUCACAUGGCCAGAUGGAUGGCCAAAGUGAUCUACUGUCUCAAAAUGUAUUUGUUCCGAUAUGAAUUCAAGCUAACAGCAACUGAAACAAAAAGUUUAACUGAAUUCUGCCUAUUUGCAACCCAUAUAUAUGUGCCAGCAUGGAUGUUGUGCCCAAUACCCAGUGAUGCACCAGUCAAUGACCUGCAACUUCUGAGCAGAAUUGAACAAUACUCUAAAAUCAACAAGAAUGUAGCAAGUGCUGGCACAAAAAAGUUGAAGAAUCAUCUGUGGUAUCUCGGUACAGAAAUGGUUUGGCUGUCAUUGUUCUCAAAUAAGGUUGCAAAUGCUGAGAAGCAGUUGAUUGUGGAAGCAAUGACUGCAGUAGAUUCUGACUGGAGUGUGCGAGGUGUCAAAUAUCCUGCAACUGAACUGGAACAUGUGAAAAGCAAACCACUGCAUGAUCUGGUAUCAGGUACAUCUCGUGCUGCAUUGUUAUCACUUGGAAUGGAUGCUGCUAUCUUGCGUGAAACUGAACUGGAACAUGUGAAAAGCAAACCACUGCAUGAUCUGGUAUCAGUAGCAAAUGUUGUGAAGUCACUUAAGGUCGUUAAUGACACUGCAGAACGCACUGUGGCACUCAUGACAAAUUUUAACCAGUCUAUAACCAAAAAUGAAACAGAACUGCAAAAACUGAUACAGGUGGUGGAGGACAAUCGAACACGUAUUCCGGACUCCUCUAAGCGCACAUUAGCCAGUGCUCAAGCAGCUGCUGCUAUGUUUUGA